CAUAUAAAAGGCUGCAGUAGUGCUGAGCUCAGCUAGUCCAGUCAUCUCUCUCUCUCUCUCUGCCUCUGUUUCUCCUUCACCACUUUCUGUCUUCCUCUCCAUCCUCCCUGUCCUCUGCUUUCUCUCUCUCUCUCUCUCUCUCUCUGCUGCUUUCACUACAUUUUUUCUAUCUCUUUCCCUCUGGCUUUAAAUCAUUUCCAGAACAGAUUUACUGUAAACCUUUUUUUCAGUCCUCCGUUGUUUGGCCUGUUCAAGAAGGCCGCCUGGAAGCUCAGUGCAUUUCUGCACUUUUCUUUUUUUUUUUACCAUCAGUCUGUUCACAUUUUUCUAUGAGGCUCUAGCAUCAGUUUUUCAUCUGGGGAAAAAAAAAUGCCACGCUCCUUUUUGGUGAAGCAGCCGAAGGUUCACGAUUUCUCGUCUUCCAACUACUACCAUCAACACCAGCAGCACUGGGACGACUCUUACACUGUGACACAUGCCAUCACACAGUCGGCCACCAACUUGGCAGUGCGUCUGAGUGAAAAUGGCUACAUCCACGAUUACAUCAUCCCCUCAGUUUUACAGAGCACAAAGGAGCCAGGUCAUGAGCAGACCGGGCUCUCCUCAGGGGCCCUGUACUCCCCAGGUGGCAGCGGCGGGGACGAGUUCUCCGACCAUGACAUGGAGCAUCCGGACAGCCCAGUCUCCAGCGACACAGUAGAGUCAGACAGUAGCGUCCCUGAAUCGGAGGCGUGCACCAUCGAUGCCUUCCUCAUCUCUGACGGCCGCUCCCGCCGGAGAGCCAGCCAGAGGUGUCCCCGCAAGGGAGGCAGUCGAUCGGACAGCAGCGAGGGUGUCGGCUCGUCCGACUGCAGCCCUGCCAAAGGGAAAUCCAAAGGGCGCCACGUGUGCGGCGAGUGCGGAAAGUCUUACGCCACGUCCUCCAAUUUGAGCAGACACAAGCAGACUCACCGUAGCCUGGACAGCCAGCAGGCCAGGAAGUGUCCCACCUGCCACAAGGUGUAUGUGUCCAUGCCAGCGCUGGCCAUGCACAUGCUGACCCAUGACCUGAAGCACGACUGCACGGUGUGCGGCAAAGCCUUCAGUCGACCCUGGCUCCUGCAGGGCCACAUGAGGUCCCACACCGGGGAGAAACCAUUCGCCUGCGCACACUGCGGCAAAGCUUUCGCCGACCGCUCCAACCUGCGCGCCCACAUGCAGACGCACUCGGCCUUCAAGCACUACUCCUGCAAACGCUGCCACAAAAGCUUCGCACUCAAGUCCUACCUGAACAAGCACUACGAGUCGGCCUGCUUCAAAGGGUACCAAGCAGAGGACGACUGCAGCUCUGAGGACUGAUUGGGAAAUAUUCAUCUUUUUCAUUUCUAUUUAUACAUUUUUUAAUAGUUCAUACAAGAAAGUCAGAGAAAAGCUUGCCACUUCACUUCUCAGGCGUGUCACAUGCAUGCAUCAUAAUCCUGCCUUUUGAUAUAAGCAAUAACCUAAUUUGAAAUUGUUCAGGAAUUCUGUAUGAAAUUCAUAAAAAAUCUCAGUGUUGAUCAGAAACAUAAAAUAUUUUAUAUUGUUUUUUUACAAAUUGAAUUGCAAUAAUUUACAUGCAAGUAUUAUUUUAAAUGCCAACUAGCUCUUAAUUUACCUCAAACAUUCCUUAUUCAUUAAAUAAUGUAUUUGUGUAUUUAUUAAUGUAUUUAACUAUUUAUUUGCCAAUUUUGAAGAUUAUUUAUUUAUUAUUAUUGGUUAAUGUAUUUAUGAAUUUAACAUGGAUUUAUUGGAAUCCAUGUAUUGGAUUUGUUGAAAACAAAAGCCAAAAUAUGUUCUGACACGCUAUAUUUCUCUGUCUGAUCAAUUUGGUGGUGACAAUAAAACCGACGAAAAUGAAUAAUUACGGAAACUCCCUUACUCAUGCCUGAAUAUGUGCAAAGAUGAAACACACUUGAAAUAAUCAACCGGUUUAAAAAAAGACACAAUUCACUGAUUUUUUUUACAUGCACAAUAGCUCCGUCACUUUUUCAAAAAACUCAAGCUGAAACAAAUGCAAGCCGACACGUAUCGCACGGAGGCUCUUCUGACCUUCUUUGUAGAAUCAGCAUGGCUCCUUUCAUUCACGUGGCUGCCUGCCUCGCGAGUGACGAGCGAAUGUUAUUUUAAAUCAGUCACAUUUUACAAAGUCAGUAAGCAGCCUUAAACUCGGUGAAGUUUCCAUCUAUAUGAUGGUGUAGUCCCUCAUUCGUCCAGGAGUGUUCUAUCGUAGAAAAGGUUUCAGUCGUAGUCAUCUGGACACUGUUUUCAGAA